AUGCAGCAGACCAGAUGCAGGCCCAAUAUAUUGGUGAGUGGCACGCCAGGGUGCGGGAAAUCCACCACAUGCGAGCUGCUACAGCGGCACUUGCCAGACUACCAGUAUUUUAAUAUCAGCGACUUCGCUCGCGAGCACAACUGCUACGACGGCUACGACGAAGCCCGCAAAUCGCACAUUGUCGACGAAGACCGACUGCUUGAUGAGCUAGAGCCGCUGCUGCGGCGCGGCGGCGCGAUCGUGGACUGGCAUGUGAACGACAUCUUUCCGGAGCGCCUCAUCGACCUCGUCGUAGUGCUGCGGUGCGACAAUGCGAUCCUGCACGACCGGCUACAGAAGCGGGGAUACCACUCCUCCAAGAUCGAGGAGAAUAUCGACGCGGAGAUCAUGGGCGUCGUGCUGCAAGACGCGCUGGACAGCUACGUGCGCGAGAUCGUGGUCGAGCUGCAGAGCGACGACACAGAGCAGAUGCAGCAGAACGUGGACCGUAUCGCUGCGUGGGAGGCAAACUGGGUGUCCGAGCACCCUGACGGUGUGUCCAACGCGCUGCAGCAGCAUGCCGGCAGCGACGCCAGCAGCAGCGAGGCUGACAGCGACGGCGUCAGCGACGCCGGCGACAGCGACGGCGACGGCGACGGCGACAGCACGCAGGACAACUAG